AUGAAUAAAAGUCAGUUUGUGGCUAUUAUGGAACCUAUGGUUAGUAACGACAAAAUUGAAGGUUAUAAGAGAUUUCUUGGCUUUCAACAUUGUGUUUCUAACGAUAAUGGUAAAAUUUGGUGUUUUUGGACUGUCCAUUAUUUGGCUACUGUUAUAGCUAACGAUGAACAACAAAUUACUAUAAGAUUCAAUGAUGCUGCUAGCAAUGAAAAGUACUAUAUAUCCAGUGUUUAUGCUAAAUGUUCUAAAGCUGAAAGGAAAGAUCUCUGGGAGAGCCUUGAGGAUAUCAAUCGGAAUAUUACAGAUCCUUGGUGUAUUGGAGGAGACUUCAAUGUUAUAGUGGAUCCCGAUGAGAAAUUAGGUGGUAAACCUCAUAGAGCUUCCAAGAGUUUUGACUUUAUCAGCUGUAUGGAUAAUUGUGGGAUGGCCGAUGCGGGCUUCGUGGGGCCAAAACUUACCUGGUGCAAUAAUAGAGGGCCAAGAAAGAGGAUUUGGAAAAGGUUGGACAGAAUCAUGAUAAACAACCAGUGGGCUCAAAAUUUCCAAAGUAUCUAUGUGACGCAUUUAGUGAGAACAGGUUCGGAUCACAGACCUCUUCUGUUUAAAUGUCAUUCUAAUCACCUUUAUUUUGUUAGUUACUUCAGGUUUCUAAACUUCUGGACUGAGCAGAAGGAUUUCAUGGAUUUGGUCAAGCAAACUUGGAAUACCAAUAUCAUUGGUAACCUAAUGUGGAGAUUACAACAGAAACUGAAAAUUCUGAGUAAAAAGCUCAGCGACUGGUCUAGAAUAACAUGCUGA